AUAUUGCCGAUCGAGCAAAGUAUCGUUCAAUGCUAAGUCGGUUGGAGACGACAAUAAAAUAUGUCUUAUAGCACGACGCCCAGAGUCUUGUCCAAUACUGUUGGACAGAGUUAACCCUUAACCAUUUAGAAGGUGAUAAUAAACGAGAGUACAUGGAAAAAUUGGAUAAACUCGGCAUAGAGGACCCGUACUUAAUGCCAAAGUCAAUGUUUUUGCCGAUAAGAAAUUGGACUGCUAAUUCGCUUCCACUUGUCCUGGACAACUGGAUAAACACAUGUAUCUGGAGAUGUCCUACUACUCGUCAUCUCGUAGUUCGUCCCGGGCCACCGACUGCAAGGUGUACGUGGGUGACCUGGGCAACGGCGCUGCUAAGGGGGAGUUGGAGCGGGCCUUUAGCUACUAUGGCCCAUUGAGGACCGUCUGGGUGGCUAGGAACCCGCCGGGUUUUGCCUUUGUUGAGUUUGAGGACCCAAGAGACGCUGAGGAUGCUGUGAAAGGCAUGGACGGAAAGCUACUGUGUGGGUCCCGUGUACGUGUGGAGAUGUCAACCGGCAUGUCCAGGAAGGGACGGGGUCGCCCCAGCCGACGCCAGUUUGACCCAAAUGAUCGUUGCUAUCAGUGUGGUGACCGUGGCCACUAUGCCUACGACUGCUACCGCUUCAGCAAGCGAGGAGGAGGCCGUCGCAGCAGGUCUCGUUCCCGCUCUCGAUCGCGGUCAAGGUCCCGAUCGCGUGGACGCCGCUACCGAUCCCGUUCUCACUCUCGCAGCCAUAGCCGCAGCAGGAGCCGCCGUCGCUCUCCAUCCUACUCCAGGCGCAGAAGCAGGUCUGGCUCCCAGGCACGCUCCAAGUCUAGAACUCCAAUGCGAAGUCGCUCCAGGUCUCGUUCACGGUCCAGGUCUGCACCAAGAGGCCGCUCCCCCUCCCGUUCACGGUCUCGAUCCCCGUCGGCCAAUCACAAGAGAAACAGUGUGUGCUGGGAGCUGCGCACUGCGCUGACACUACAGCUGAUCCCAGGCCCAGGGUCUGCCAGCUGGCGGUGUGUACGUCCUGCGGGAGGGUGACUAAGCGCUGACCUGAGAUCAGCCUUCGCCUGGCAUUAGACAGCGAGAACCUCCCCCGUGCAGUGAUUGGGUGACCGUCUGUCCGACCGACGCACACGCUCAGACGAGAUCAGCCCGCGCACUCUUACAGUUGUUCUCCUAGAGUCACCCAAGGCCGCCAGCCAGCCGGCAGAUCUACCAGAGCGCCAACACGAACAAUUCAGAGUUUGACCAUUUAAAUUCCAUUACCUACCUACCAACCAGAGCUCUGCGGCCUCUGUCUUAGCUUCUGAAAAUGAGAGCAAGCUGACCAGAGAUCAGUCUUCAAGAGCGUAGUCAUCCGUCCUUCAGUGCUUUCAUCCUUCGCUUCUCUGUACUUGUUGUUUCUGCCAGUGUCUCCAAAGGUAACGACAACCCCCUCCUCUCCCACCCCAUCCUCUCUAUCUACCCUCUUUCCUCCCCUGACGAGCUUGUUUAUGGUCAAAGCAAAUGCACAGGCUUGAUGUACAGUGGGGACUUGGUGGUGACAGACCUAAAGGUUGACAAUGAGCAUGGCGUGAGUGGAAUGAAUGAAUGAAUGUUGUCAGAAAGUGUACGGUUAAAACAUGGCCAGAAACGUUCAUGUGACCCUUUAGUGCCAUGAGUUGGCCAGACUGGUUGUCUUCUCACUCCUCCCUGUGGUCAUUUUAAUAGCUGAUGAAGAGUAUAUCUGCAAUUUUGUCCUUGCAGUUGAAGCUGUCGCCAGUUUUUAAGUAGAGGUGACAAGAGCUUUUAUUUUGCCCUGGAGGUUUUCAUUAUUUCUCAUUUUAGAGCUGCAACACUGACCUGUAAAAACAGUCUUUAGGCCCAGCAAGUUAGUCAUUAAGUGGUGCGUGUAUGUGUGCGUGCAUGUUUUAUGAGGGUGUUUGUCUUCAGUCUUCCGUUCUCCCCUCCAGCAAACUGACUCCUCUCUAUUUCUGUUUCAGUCGUUCCCGCUCAGCAAGUCAUCACCGAAGUCCGACACCAGGCGCCAACUGAUUUGAAGAACAAGAGUCCCCACGCCUCUUCCUACCCCGUCCGCUUUUACAAUGGCCCUCCACAUUAGUUUCCGAGUCCGGUUACAUUUAUUUUUUUUUUCUUGGACGAUGUGCAGAUUGAGAGGACGACAUCUUCAUUCUUUGUCCGUGUCGUUGAUUCAAAAUGCAAAAUAUUGUCAAGUUUUAACCAUGACUCCUUUGUUAAUUAGAUUUGAACUCUUCACAACACAAAGAUGGCCUGCAUUCCUUUCCUUCAUGUUUUACAUUUCUGUGCCGCACUGCCCUGUUCCUUACUGCUUUUCCCCUUUCUUAAACUCAAAAGUUUUGUGUGCAAUUUUUUUUUUGUUUGUUUUGUUUUUUUGCUUAUUUGUUUUGAUUUUGGGAAGGGCUGCUUGAUCAAUAGUUCCUGUUUGUAUUGUUAAGGCAGUGGCUGUUUUAUUUUUAAAUAAAUCUCCUGUAACAUAACUACA